AUGGAACCCCGCGUCGAAGUAUCGCAGUCCUCUCGCGACGCUCUGAUGAGAACUCGGCUUCACUAUCAAAGCACCCAGAAGGAGCUUCAGCACUUGCAAGUAUCAAUCUCCGAUACCAUGAAGGCGUACGAAAAGGUUGUCAAGGACAAGGGAAUGAAGACCGAAGCAAUCAACAAGCUUCAGACAGCCAACAACAAGCCAGUGGGAGGCCAUUGUCAAUUUAAUAAGAAGGGAUUCGAUUCCGGAAUCCAGCUCAUUGCUGAUAACUAUGCUGCGAUUAUGCAAGGAGGAAACGGCGAAGUGCCUGGCAUUGGGAAUGUACUGAAGGGUGUAUCCGGCCAGGAACUGAAGUUUUCGGAUGGUGGUGCCCCUUGA